CCUGUACCCCACCAGUAUGCGUAUCAACGAACAGGGUCGUCUGGUGGUCAACUUCAGAACAGAGGCUCGAUUCAGAGGACUGUUUGUCAUAUCACACUCUGCGUCCUCUCUGUCGUCCAUGGUGAUGUGUGCGGACCACCCUGGGGUGACCUUUAACCUCAGCCUGGUGAGGAGCGAGCCCACCUACAACCAGCCCAUGCAGCAGUGGACCUUUACAUCAGACUUCGCUGUGCGUGACUACUCAGGUACCUACACAGUGAAGCUGCUGCCCUGUACCUCUCCCCCCAGUCUGGAGUACUCCCUGCCUCCUGUCUGUAACCCCAGAGAACCUGUCACCUUCGACCUGGACAUACGCUUCCAGCAGGUGAGUGACCCGGUUGCGGCUGAGUUCAGUCUGAACACUCAGAUGUUGCUACUGUCUAAAAGAUCUCUGUGGCUGUCUGAUGGAUCCAUGGGCUUCGGACAGGAGAGCGACACCGCCUUCUCACAAGGGGAUAUGAUCUAUGGCAGAGUGAUGGUGGAUCCAGUCCAGAACCUGGGAGAUUCCUUUAUCUGUAACAUAGAGAAGGUGUUCCUGUGCACCGGCGCGGAUGGAUACGUGCCCAAGUACAACCCCAACAACAAUGAGUAUGGCUGUCUGGCUGAUGCUCCCUCGCUGCUCUACAGAUUCAAGAUCAUCGAUAAGGCCCAGCCAGAGACCCAGGCCAGGUCGUUUGGUAACGUGGGGUUCAGGGCUCUGCUGGCUGUAGACGACCCUCAGGCCCUGGCCCUGGUCAGACAGCCUGGAUCUGACGGCUUCAGCAUGGACUCUACAGCACUGUUCCAGGUGUCAGCAGGGAGAGAGUGGUUCAUCCACACCAUCUACACCGUCCGCUCCAGAGAGAAUGCCAACAGGGGCAUCGGGAAGAGAAGUCUGGAGUACCACACACUCAUCCAGCACAGCAGUAUGUCUGCAGGAGGCCACUCCCUGACCCAACACAGCAGCAUGGCUGCAGGAGGCCACUCCCUGACCCAACACAGCAGUAUGGCUGCAGGAGGCCACUCCCUGACCCAACACAGCAGCAUGGACAGAGAAACCCAGCGUCAAACUAUGGCUGCAGGAGGACCGUCCCAGUCCCAGUCCCAGUCUCGCUCCAGGCGGUCAGCAAACGGGGUGCCAGACCUAACAGAGGACAUCGGCCUGGACAACAACCGUGGCACCAACAUUCUCCAUAUCUCCCUGGACCUUAGCCGCCAGCGCCGCACCAGCCCUGACCGGGAGGUCCUCACUCAGGGUGUGGUGCCCAGGGAGCUGAACCAUCCUGUGGAGAGCGAGGACGGCCUGGUCUUGAUCAUAGGGAUCCUGGUGGGCCUCCUCCUCACCAUCCUCAUCAUCAUCGUCAUAGUGCUAACCAUACGGUCCAGACAGGAAAAGAAGAAGAUAGAGGUUCCCACGGCAACGUCAUGCUCCACUGAGCCCAUGAUAACAUCAGGGUUCACUAGCGGUGGCUUGGACAGCUCAGAGGUCUGAUAGACAGACAGACUUCCUUAGACACGACCACUGAGACAGACAGACUGACUGACAGACAGACAUUCACCACAUAAAAAUAAACGCUGACAGAUAUAUUUUUGAUGUGCCUAUUUGUUUUGUUUUUUACAUUGGGACAUAAAGAGAGGGAUGGGACAACUGAAACAACACAAUCAACAAUGAGAGUUUAGUUCUGUACAAAAACCUACUUGAAAUCUUGCAGCUCUGCUGUAGGGGAGACCAUAGAGGUAAAACAAUCUAUCUAUAUGGGGAGACAGCCCCAACUAGGGAAGUACCUGUAACCUGUUCUGUUUAAGGCACUUGCCCACGUUUAUUAUUGCUUUGUUUUAUGAUGUCACACUUGAUCCCAAAAACAUUUAUGAUUUGUCCAAAGGUGCUAAAACAGCAGAUGCCUCUGUUCUGUAAGAUGGAUGGUGGUCCAGUGAGUUGGUAAAAGACCAUGUAGCACGGCUAUUCAGCUCCAGGCCUGUAGGAUGGAUGGUGGUCCAGUGAGUUGGUAAAAGACCAUGUAGCACGGCUAUUCAGCUCCAGGCCUGUAGGAUGGAUGGUGGUCCAGUGAGUUGGUAAAAGA